UCGCAUGUGCGCUUUGUCAUUGGUGUAAAACAGAGAGCUGCUGUGUUUAUGGGCGUUUAAACCUGCCACCGUUUAUAAAGCCGGGCUUCCAUUGAACAGCCAGUUGGGGUGCCCGCACAGUUUGGUCUUUUCUGCCGUGAAUUUCGCCUUCUGCUCUGAACUUCCUCUCUCCGCCGCUCCCUAAACUACAGGAAUGACGUUAAGCUCAAUUAAGUCUUUCACGCUGGAGCUGGAUGGUCCGGCUGAUGCAGCGUUCACCGGGGGGGAGGUGGUGUCUGGCCAGGUGGUCCUGGACCUCCGCAGGGACACCAGAGUGCACUCCAUGAAGGUGCAGGGCAGAGGGGUGGCCACGGCACACUGGCUGGAGAACCGUGGCAUGAACUCCGUCUAUAACGACUACACCUCCAAGAUCACCUACUUCAGGAAGAGACAGCAUCUGAUCCGAGGUUCAGCUGGGAUGCACUGACUGUUACAAUGGUCCAAAGGUGACUAGAAAUAAACAUGGCUAUAUUAACUGCAGACUAGCACUGUCGUUUCUUUACAAGGAGGGACAUUUGUAUCCUUUGUGCUGAUGUUGUUCUAGCUCUUGCACUUUCCCUUUUGUAAGAUAUAAUCCAUAGUUUGUAAUUUUGCUGCGAUAUACAUAGUAACUGUAUUUCAGCAUGUACUGCAGCUGCUGGUGGUAUAAAACUGCUGAUGUGCUCUGUCAUGUGCCAGCUGGUAGCCUCUGAGUCUCUGAGUCGCUGCAGUUUGCAAAAAGGAAGCCACCUGGGCCAAAUGUGUUGCAUGGAAACCUGGGAGAGAAGUCGCCACAGGCUCACCCAGAUACAUCUGCCUGAUAACAUAAUCCUAACAUUAAACACAAAUCCAUUAGUGCUGAGUCCAAAUAAACACAACUGGUUUACUGAG